AUGUCUUCACCGGUUGAAUUUAAUUAUUCCCUUCCAAUCCAAAGAGAAGAUGGCCAUGCUUACCACAUGCCAAACUUCACAGAAAAACUAUGGCUGGCAAGAAUGAGAAAUGCAGAAGUGCCAGAGUUGAUAAAUGAUGCCAUUGGGUAUUCAACAGCAGAGGAAGAUCGAUCAAUUCAGAUGAAUCGAAUUCCACCCAAUCAAAAAGUCUUCAUCAACGAGAAUGAGAAUGCAUCCUUUACAGCUCAGCAGGUUGACUCGAAGAUGAUCCAAGAGAAACUCCCUGGCUUCGUUAUGGAAGGAAUCUUGAAGCUACGAAAGAUGUUCCUCCGUCGCGGAGAAGGCAAACACUCUGAGAAGUGUAGACUCGAACAGAUUCUUAGAUCUGAAAAGGAUGGAAAGAAUAGUGGCGGUGUUUCAACAACAGCGAAGGGCCACAUUGAGCAUUGUGAUGAACUUGCAGAAGCUGUUCAAUUGAUCGCCAAGGUUUCACAGCCAAUCAUUCGAUACGCCACUCCGGCAGAGGAACUCAGAGUACUUGAGCUACAAUCCGAGAUCGACGUAGCAUACACGGUUGGCGAUGAGGAGAAUAGAAAUUUCUCAACCAUACAAGUCAACUACUCCAAUGUGGACACGGUCUCUUUGUCAAUUGAGAUGGGGAAGUCUGGAUCGUUACACAUAGACGCGAAGGAUGACCCAGCACGGAUGUCGGUACUCCUAAACUUGUCCAAUCUUGCUGAAGGAUGUUUGCCUGGGACAUUUACCAUAAUGUCACUUCGCGACUACUGGGCAUUCGCACCAUGUGAUGCUCUAGUCUUCAGAGCAAGACAUCCUCAUCUCGGCAUUCCACCAAGAAUGAUGGGAGACUCGCCCAGGAAACCAUACGUUGCACCAAUUCCGGGACUGGCGUGGAUGGAUCCAGGGUUAUACAACUAUUCCAGACUCGUCUUCGUCGCCUACCCGCAGAAAAACUUGAUGAAUAUUGCGCCGUCUUUGAAGAGGUAUCAAAUGCCCGAUCAUUAUCAAAAAGAUAGUCCAAUGGCUAUUACCUUUCCUCAUGGAGAAGCUUUCGCGCUUGCGGCAUGGGGAACAGUAAGACAUCAGCACGAGAAGAUCGCAAUGCAAGACUCUUGGCAUCUUGCGAACCGCCACAGCAGUGGGUCCUUAGCUGUGUUACCAUCCGCCAAAUCGAUUGCAGAGCGAGAAGCGUGGAAAGACGAAGACGGGAAUAUUGUACUGCCACGAGUAGCAAGGAUUCAAACUGUUCUGGACGGAAACUCCGCACAGUCUCGAGACUCGGAUCAAGCGAAAGCAUUCGCCAGACUUAGAGAGAUUGCAAAAGCAUCACUUUCUCAAGACUUUUUCCAGCUGCGGUCGACACAUACAGACGUUAAAUACGUGGGUGUGUUGGGUUCUUCUCUCAUCAAGCCACCACCGGUUACGCCUGGGAAGAAACUCUCGAAGGCUGCCACUCAUGCGAUGUUUGGAGAGAAGCCAUACUUGUGUUCGCUCUGUGACAAAAGAGCUCCAGGUCGGUUUGAGUUGCAAGCCCACUUCAAGGCUCACCACAAGAACGACUGUUUCGAAGGUGUUGAAGCCGUCAUCCUGACAAGAGAUCCGAACCAUCUCAAAUUUUUACAAGAGGCGGGUGCUUCAAGUCUGGCAGAGAGCUCCAAGAAGGGUGGUAAGCGUCGGAGAUCUGGUUCGGAAAGUAAUGAGCCGCCAGCACAGAAGAUCAAGGCUGAGGAUCCAGAGGAUGCCAUCGUGAUCUCUGACGAUGAGGAGAUUGAGGACCUCGCGGCUGCUUCUACACAGCACAGGAAGAGGGAUUAA